AAAUGCUUCGUUUGCAGACCCUAUAAUUAUCUGUGAAUCCCCCUCCCCUUUAUUUUGUAUGUGGAACUGGAGAGAUGAGCGUUGGAAAUGCAAAAGGCAGCAGAGGAGGCGCGCGCGCGAAGUGCGUGUGAGAGAGAGAGAGAGAGCGAGCGAGCGAGCGAGAGAUCUCCUCCUACCUGCAGCUACAGAUCGCAAGAUACGUGGUGCUACCUGGAGAAGUCAGAACAAGUAGAAACGCAUUGAGCUUCCAGGUUGCAGCGAGGCAGUCGAUCCGCAGCGACGCCUGUUCUCCUCUCCGGGAGACUCCCCUCGCGAUCCUCCAUGUGGUUGCUUUUUGCAAUUAAAAAAAUGCAAAAGCCCUUCUCUCUGUCUUCCCCCUUUGUUGUUUUUUGGCCCCCAUGGUUGCAGGGGGAGCCGAUCAUUUGAACUCUGCCUCGGUGCCCCCCUGCCGGGUCUUUGGAGAAUCCCCCAAAGGCUUCCUGCUGCUGGGAUUUAAUCGGCAAAGAUCCCUUUUGCGGCCGCUCCGCUCUCUCGGCCCCCUCCCCCCCCCCGCACAAUUUCAUAUUAUAUGGCUCACUCCACGCCCUCCUAGAUCAUGCACAGAAACUUCCGAAGGUGGAUUUUCUACGUGUUUCUCUGCUUCGGAGUCAUCUAUGUCAAACUAGGAGCUUUGUCAUCUGUGGUGGCUUUAGGAGCAAACAUAAUCUGCAACAAAAUCCCAGGCUUGGCCCCUCGGCAGCGAGCAAUCUGCCAGAGCCGUCCGGAUGCCAUAAUAGUGAUCGGAGAAGGGGCCCAGAUGGGGAUCAAUGAAUGCCAGUACCAGUUCCGAUAUGGCAGGUGGAACUGCUCAGCACUGGGAGAGAAAACAGUCUUUGGUCAAGAGCUUCGAGUAGGAAGCAGGGAAGCCGCUUUCACCUACGCCAUCACUGCUGCCGGGGUUGCGCAUGCCGUCACUGCCGCCUGCAGCCAGGGGAACCUAAGCAACUGUGGCUGUGACAGAGAGAAACAAGGUUAUUACAACCAAGAGGAAGGGUGGAAGUGGGGAGGCUGCUCCGCUGAUAUCAGAUACGGCAUCGAAUUCUCCAGGAGGUUUGUUGAUGCCAGAGAAAUCAGAAAGAGUGCUCGGAGGCUGAUGAACUUGCACAACAAUGAGGCUGGAAGAAAGGUGCUGGAAGAGAGAAUGAAACUGGAAUGCAAAUGCCACGGGGUUUCCGGUUCCUGCACAACCAAGACCUGUUGGACUACGCUCCCUAAAUUCAGAGAGAUUGGAUAUAUUUUGAAAGAAAAAUACAACGCCGCCGUGCAGGUGGAAGUGGUGAGAGCCAGCCGGCUUAGGCAGCCCACCUUUCUGAAGAUCAAGCAGAUCAGGAGCUACCAGAAACCAAUGGAAACAGAUCUGGUCUAUAUAGAGAAGUCACCCAACUACUGCGAAGAAGAUGCUUCCACUGGGAGCGUGGGGACACAGGGACGCCUCUGCAACCGCACCUCGCCCAGCGCCGACGGGUGUGACAUGAUGUGCUGUGGGAGGGGCUACAACACCCACCAGUACACCAAAGUUUGGCAGUGUAACUGCAAGUUCCACUGGUGCUGCUUUGUGAAAUGCAACACUUGUAGCGAGCGGACAGAGGUGUUCACUUGUAAAUAACAGCUAAUGUUCCUACUUUUUGAAAGACACAGCCACCACGUGUUCGAGUGGAACAAAACAACUACAGCAUCAUUUUGCACAUUUGAUUUUUUUUGGAGGAGGAGGCCAGUCUCUUCCCUAUUACUUCUUAAUAACACAUUCAAGAACAAUGCCUUAACUUGCUGACUAGCUGGUUUCACUACAUUGGAACCAGGGUCGAUGGGAUGAAUUGUAUGGUGACUUCGUUCAAUGCAAGCGGCUUCCUCUGUGGUUCUCCCCUCCCCCGCAAAAAAACCCCUGCACUCUGGGUUUUGUAGAGUUUUGCUCUUAGAUUAAAUUAUACGUAUCACAGACAGCGAGUCCAGGAGGUUAUUUUCAGAUUUAUAACGCACACAAAUAUGUGCAAAUAAGACCUUUAUCUUAUUAAAAAAUGAAUAGAGGAAUUUAACUGUUCACAGACAAACCUAAAAUCCCAGCAGUGUUGCUGAAAAACUUUUAUUUCUAAUCAAGAAAAGGAAAGAAAGAAAAGCAAGUAAAGGGCAGCUGGUGAGACAAUGAUGUACAAGAGGGACUAGGGUGGGUGGGAGCUCAGCUAUUGACUUAUUUGUAAAACAAAGGUCAGGACAAAGGACAAAAGCUCUGACAGCAGCAGGUGACACUGGAACCUUUCGAAUGGACAUUUGAAGAAAAAAAUAUUUUAUUUAUGUUUUUAAUAGCAUCAAAACAAAUUCUCUAAGCACUAACAGGUAGCUAUGUCUUUACUCUGUACUAAAUGUAAAACUUACUGGAAUUCUAACUUUCUGAUUUUUAUUUCUGUUUUUUAUUUUGUAUUUGGUUUUCCCUAUGUCUUCAAUGCUACUGAUUUCAUAGCACUCCACUGUUAAAAAGAGUUCUGUGACUGUACAGUGUACACAUCAAACAUGGCCUGAGAGCACAAGCAACUGGAGCAUGGGAAACAGUGGUUUAAACAGUGGUUCAAAAUGCUAGUAACAUGGUUACUAUAGAUAACCCAGAAUUCAAAAGGGGAGCAGCAGUUUCAUCCCUGUACAAACCAAGGCAGCCAAGCUUGUAUCCUGUCACUGCUUCCUCAUUUCUCACCCCUUGGCUACCUUUUCUUGGUUGCAGCCAUGUUUGGGGAGACCCGUUUUCAUGUGUCCACCCCAUGCUGCGGCUGGAACAGUUAAAGGUCGCCACCAUGGGGACCCAGAAAACUGCCUAGCACUUGACAUGAAAGCAUCAUUCCCAAGCUUAGCUGGGAAAUGGUUUCGCAUUAAGGAGCCAUCGAGUAAACAAAUAUUAGUGCAGAUCAGCAUUGGGGGUGUGUGACAAUUUUGUAUUAAGGUCCCACUGCCCACAUAGUGGCACACUUUUAGGUGUCACAGCCACACAGUGGGAUGAACCCAUGGGAGAAGCUGCCAUGUUUAAAUGUUACUUAAUGAUGCCCUGGCUUACCUGGGCAGAAGUUCCUGUUUCUGUGUGAAUGAAUGUCUUCCGUGCCUGACCUCCGCUCUCCUAACUUGUGCAACAGAGAAAGUCCUUUGGGAUACUCUUCCAUGCAGAGGGCUAAACCUCUUCAGAGGUUUCUGAUUCUCCAUGUGAUGAGGGCGAGGGAGGCUCCUGAGCGCUCUAGCUCCAUUCUCAUAAUCUUCCCCAUUGUUGAGCUGGAGGGUUGACUUCUGCAGCAGUGAGACUUCUCUACUUCUCUAGGCUGUCCAGGGGAUUUACAACCCUGAUCUCCCAGGGUUCUAAAUCGCAAGUGGAACCUUCUCAGAUAGAGCAGACUCCUUACUGUAGAUCAGGCAUCUCCAAACUUCGGCCCUCCAGAUGUUUUGGACUACAAUUCCCAUCUUCCCCUACCACUGGUCCUGUUAGCUAGGGAUCAUGGGAGUUGUAGGGCCGCAGUUUGGGGAUGCCUGCUGUAGAUGUAUGCUUCCAACUCAUGGAGCAAAAAGAUUACAGGAGAGAGUCUCCCACUCUUCCUCUGUAGAUGAGGAAUUAGGACAUCCAAACAGGGCUGCUAUUCCCACCCUUUAUUUUGUGGGUUAUGGCUCACAGUUUCAGCCUCUUCAGGCAUUAGUAUUCCGACAACCUAAAGUACUCACCCUAUUAAGAGGGUAGUGGCAGAGGGAACCGUGGACCCAUUCCGUGGGAAGAGGAUCUUUAUAAGUCUCUAAACAUUAGCUGAAUGUAUGAACUAUCUUCCCUGAAUCGAAAGGAUGUUGUCUGAGGUGAUGAUACACAAGGUUCUGUCUGCGUGACUUUUGCACCACUCCCAUUCCUUCCAACAGUUGCAAUGAAUGUGGAUUGGAUGUAGGGUAACUUCUUGCAACUGUGGUCCUGACUCACACAGUAGGUUAUACUGACCAACAUGACAAGGAAGUGGGUGGAAAUUUUGGCUGCAGGAAUCCCAGUCCCAUUGUCUAUGCCAGUGUUUCCCAACCUUGUGCCUCAAGCUGUUUUUGGACUACAAUUCCCAUCAUUUCUGACCACUGGUCUUGCUAGCUAGGGAUGAUGGGAGUUGUAGUCCCAAAACAUCUGGAGGCACAAGGUUGGGAAACACUGGUCUAUGCCACCAUUUACGUCCACAUGCAGUUUGCCACUCAAUGCUGCAGUUCAUAAAGUUCCCCCUGCUCAGCCCCACUGCCUUGCCUCAGAGGACAUCCGUGGGAGGGAGCUGUUGUCUAGUGGGCAAAGGCUGAAGGGAGACACCAGGAAAGCAUGGGGCAGGAAAUGUCACUUGAAUAAUUCUGGCAACAGAGGGACACUCUACCAUUUCUGUGAAUGUGGGGUGGUUGUUGUUGUUAUUAUUAUUAUUAUUAUUAUUAGAAUCUUUUGCAAGAAAGAUGCUUUAAAAGCCUCCUGGGGCUAUAAAGUGGGAUAUAAAGUAUUCUAAAUAUGAAUAAAUAAGUAAACAAGAGCCAGCAGUUUUCUCAUACAUCACCUCAAGCAAAUUCCUUUUCAGGAGAGACAAGUCAGACAUUUAGCUGUGAGCCAUCAGCUGUUGCACAAACCAGUAAGCACAGGCAUGUGUGAUUUGGUCAUAAGUCAGGGCUUUAUAGAGUUAACCUUGCAGCAACAUUAUUUGGGCAGUUGGGUUUUCUUAAUGUUUGAUCAUUUCCAGGUUAGGACAGGUUUUUUUUCUCUGAAAGACAUUAUCAUGUUCACACCAUGCCAUGAAGAUAAUGAAAACAGCAGUUGCUGAAUCCCACUUUGCAGCAGCCAAGCGAUUCAUUAGCCCAAAACAGCCAGCUGAUGAUGAUGAUGAUGAUGAUGGCUGAUGAUGUGUUAACUUGAGUUAUUUUUAAAUCACAGUGAACCCGAAGUAUGGUUGACAGAAUUUAACUACCCUCCCUCUUCCCUAAGAGCCUCUUCUUCAUACCACUCUUUUAGGGGCACAUCUCUAGCCAAAAAGCAUGAAUGUAGCAUGCACAUGUUUACAAGGGUUUGGCUGCAGCUGCCUCUUAAGUGCACUCUUGGUGACAAGUCUGGAUGCCCUACAACGUAAUGCAUAAAAUCAGGGCCACCCCAAGACAUUUUGGCACCUAAGGCAAACCACAAAAUGGCAAGGAAAAUGAAAACACCAGUAACCCUCCACCAGGGCAGAGAGACCACUGUUGUGGUAGCAUAGGGAGAGCUGCUGAGGUACCGGUAGCAGCAGAUCCAGCCUCCAAGGGGCAUGCUGCAGCUUUUCCUGUCACAGCAGCAGCAGCAGCAGCAGCAGCAGCAGCAGCAGCAGCAGCAGCCGGCAAUGCAUUCCCCAGAGGCUGGAUCUGCUGCCUCUGUAGAUCCUGCCACCUGAGACAGUUUCCUCAAUUUGCCUAUGGGUGGGCCGGCUCUGUAUAAAAUAGCCCUUAAUAAAUCCCAAAUAAAUAUUCAGAAAUGAGCAAAGCCUUUAUUCAUGUUCCUUGCAAUUGCACCAUUGUGUUUCUUUCUGGACCUUUAUUUUACAUUUUGUUGUAUUGCAUUGUAUGGUUGGUUCCCGCAUCCCUCUGCAUCCACUCAAAUGGAUACGGUGAAAGGAGAACAAUGGUGAAAAGGAUGGAUCCAGAUUUACACAAAAGCAAGAUGAAAAGAAAGAAUUAAGAUAGAAACAACAAGGAGUGAUUUAAGAUGGAGAGGCAAGGGGCAGAGUAAUGGAUUUCUACAACAAUCGUUAUUUUUGUCCCUAGGGCACACCUAGCAGUUAUGCCACAGAGCAGUAAUGCUCCCUGGCACAUAGAUUGGGAACUGAAUAAAUGCUCCUUCCCUGCCAUCUUUUCACCAGCUAUACACUCAUAAUUUCUUUAACCACUGUUCAUUGAGGCAAGGCUAAUUUAAACUCCAAGGUCCUCAUUUGUAAUCUUUUCUUCCUUUUAACAGGAGGGGCUCAUAAACACAUAAAAAGUGGUGUGUUUAUUACUUUCAUUCAGAAACCUCGAGCACCCAGCAGCUUGUUUGUUUCACAUCUUCUCUGAAGAGUGCCUUAAACUUUAUGCCCAAUUAUCCUAAUUCAAAGGAACUUUGCAGCACAUGCACAAAAGAGACGAGAGCUUGCAAUGGAUGAAGCUGCAGUAACCCAGCGUCCUGCCCCCUUGACCUCCAUCUCUGACCCUAGCAGGCAUUUCCAGAUGUCUGUGGGUUCACCCCCCUCCAACUUCAUUGGGAGAGCAUGCCAGCCCCCACUACUCCCAUCUCCAUCCAGGUUCCCCAUCAAGCUAGACGCACCUGGAGAGGUGACUUGUCACACCGGCUUCUCAGCCAGAAGUCCCAUAAGAGUAUUGUUGCAUCCUCACUUCCACCUUGCGGACAUGAGCCUGGCAGGGCCCUGGAUGAGAUGGUGGAGCCAUCACUCAGUCCUCUAGGGUUACAGUCACAGAGUGGUUGGCAUCUCUUGAUGGCUUUGACAGUCAUCAGAUAUGAGACCUCAUAGCCUAUCUAGCUGUCGAAUACCAGAUUUAUCCCAACUAUCCAAAACAGUCAAACAUCAACUACUGAGAAAUGAAUGUAAAUAAAUGUAGUAAAUAUUGAAAUAACAUAUAAUAGGAUGUCAGCUACAGAUGCUGAAUAUUUGACCAACUUUUCAGUAUUCAGAGACUAUUUAGAGAGAAUAUAUGAUUUAAUAAUCCAAUGAGAGCAAAUUCAUUGCAGCUCUAGUAUGAGCUAAAUUCAACAGUAAGGGACAUACUUUUCUUCUUUGUGUGAUUGGUGGUUCAUAUUGUAACUUGGAAAGUGAGAUAAAGGUGUUUGGUUGUUUUUUUAAAAAAAAAUGCCCUAGGCAAACUUAAUUCCAAUUUUUGAAUAACCAUUUGUGGAGCAGAUUUGCUGAUGAGUUUCCAUAUGAGCACCCAAAAAGCCACGUACCCCAAAUAUCUUUCCAAGCAUACAUGUAUCCAAUUCCAUUUCACAACAAAUGACUGCAGCUCCCCGCCAUCAGCCAUCACCACCACACAGUCAAUAAAACUGCAAAACUCCUCCAUGGAUAUCAUACUUCCAUAUUCGGUCCUAUAGCACAAGACAUUGUAAAUAUAUUAGUAGCAUUUGUUGAGUACAAUUGAGUGAUUCAAUUAAGUUAUAUUACUGUAUAUCAUUGAAAUGUCUAUAGAGUUAUUUUAAAUUAUUUUGAACAACACUGAAACAGUAUAUGUGUGUGUGUCUAUAUUAUAACAUAAUGCCCCCUUAAAAAUCCUUUUCUCCAUACUCAGUUAUGCAACUUUUCUAAUUAACCAUAUUAAUUCACCCAUGCUCUGAUUGUAUGCGGAACUCUUCCAUGUGCAAGCUGCAAUGCACACAUUUUCUACCCCCCACCCCACAAAUGAACAUUGUGGUCCUUAUAGGAAGAUGAUGCUCAUCAGGAUUCCUGCAUCCACUUAUAAAACAGUGCAUUGAUCACAUCACCUUAGCACUUCCCAUUCCCCUAAGUUUUGAUUCGCCAGAUGUUUGGAAGCAACCUCCCCCCCCAGCAGCCCAUAUUUUAUGUCUGGUGUUCAUCAUCUUGAAGUUUCUUCUGACAAUUUGACAUGAAUUCAGAAUGUCCUAAGACCUGUUCAAGUGGAGGUGUGUUUUGCAGUCAAGGGCCCAUCAGGACUGAGCAAUGCCUGCUGACCACAAAGGGAAAAAGACAGAGAAAACACAAUAUUGGAUGAAAGACAAACUGGAAGCUAUGCUCGCCUUGCCUCAAAGGGUGAAGAUAUUAUGAACUGCUCUUCUGGUGGGAAAUAAACUGUAGUUUAGCAUCAAAGAGUUUGGGGGAGUGGGGAGAGAAUCCACAACCAAUUUUGAAUGCUACAAACACGACACUGUGGUUUACAGUAAUUAGUAAUGGCAGAACUAAAAAAAAACUGUACAUUAAAGAAUUUGAAAAAACAAAAUAAA